AUGAAGACUUUGUUCCUAUCUUUCAUCGCUCUCAGCGUAGCCGUCAUUGUUCAUGCUACUCCAACUAUUCCGAAUGGCCGUGUGGAGUCACUCCAAGCUGGUGGUAAUUCAUUGGAUAAGCGUGCUGACCAGAAGUGCGUUCAGUGUGAUCCAGACGCAGAUCGGAAACCACGCUGCCUUAAAUGUCCCGACACCCUUUUUGGAGGGUGUUUGAACACUCAUGGAGGAGGUUGUGGUCUUUAUAAUUCUCUGCCCGUUGAGGACAUUGGCUGCAAAAGAGGUUCCUGGGCUUGUGUUGUUAACUGCUGCAACGAGUAA